UUUUCAGUGCUAAGUUUUGCAUUUCAUUGACAAUCCUGUUUUCGAAUUUGGACUUGUGUAUGGUUACAGCAUGUCAGUAUGCAUGUAACACAGUUGUCUCUGUUGAGGACUUAAAGGACCACUUGUGUAAACCCUGUUGUGAUCAGUACUGUACCUUUGGUACCGUAGAAACCAAACUGUGCUGUGUUAAGAAGGUUGUGUUUAUAACUUAUUGGUCUGUCUUCCAUAAACUUAAAGAAUGGAUAGUAAUGGAGAGCCUUGAAGAGAUGGGAAAGAAAGCAUACCAGAAACAAGUUUUUGAAUUGUAUCGCGAAGCCAUAGAUAUCUAUUCUGUGGCUAUAAAGAAACAUGGGGAAGAUAAACGGUUUUUAAAUAACAGAUGCAUGUGCUACAUCAAACUUAAGGACUAUGCAAAUGCAAUGAAGGAUGCUGAGAAAUUAGUUAAAUAUCAUCCCAAAUACAAAAAAUCGUUUUAUCGCCAAGGUGAAAUUAUGAAAUUGUUGAAGCGGUACCCAUUAGCAGAGAAAGCAUUUCUUGAGGUUUUAAAACUAGACCCUUCUUGUGAAGAGGCUCGCCAACAGUUACUGGAAACACAAAUUUUAGAGAUAUGUUCAAACCAUCCGUUUACGGAGCUUCAAGCUGCUGAUGCACUUAAUGCAACAGGGACAGUUGAGGAUGCUGUAGCAUUGCUGAAGUUAGGGGAAUUUGAUAUUUCCUGCUACGACACUGACUUACAGGAUGAUGAUGUGUACCACUCUGAUGAUGAAACUCCAGUGUCCACUGUCACCGAGAAUAAGGCAUAUGAUCCACUGACAGACCCUUCUAACCCAUUCGGGAGCUGUACAAUAUGGAUUGGCAACAUAACUGCAGCAGUAACUGAAAAGAUGCUAAAGGAAUUAUUUUCUAAGUAUGGAACUAUACUCAGUGUCCACGUGUACCCAGAAAGAACUUGUGCGUUUAUUAACUACAAAGACAGCAGUUCUCCUGGGAAAGCUAUGAAGGCUAUGCAGGGGCGUACAAUUGCUGGAAAGGAAAUACUUAUAAAAUUUCCAGACAGGGUAGCCAAUAAUGCAGCAGAAGCAGCCACUCACAAGAAGAAACGUUAAUUAAGUUCUCCAAGUUCUGUGAAUACAAACAUUGUAAGUCAAUGUUGUGAACUGUACUGUAGGGAGAUUGAAACUUUCUUGAUAUGUCAACAGAUCCUGUUUUGGAGAAGUAACAUAAUUGAGUGUUAAUCUCCUUAUUUGAGGACAGUAAUGGAGAUAACAGUGAAGUGGGUAAUGUAAUUGAAAUGGGACCAAGAAAACUCAGAUUUGAGGUUUGAGGUGUGAAGUGACAAAGUCCCAUGUUGCAGGAGAUUGUAAUAUAUAUGGAUUGUUGAAUUUUUUUCGUGGAAUAAGUAUAUUACAAAGCUGUAAAAAUCAAUCUCAGGACACCAGUCUCCACUUAUGAAGGCUGGGGAAGGAAGUGUCAUUCUGAUGGAUACUGGACUGCAUGAGACUACAUGGAAAGGAAUUAGCAGAUACAGCUGUGAAGAAGGCGUGUAGCGAUAAUCAGGUUGUUCAUUGUGCCAUCUGUUUCCAUACUAUCACAUCACUCUUGAGGUACAAAGGCAAGUGUAGAUGGAAAGAAGAAGGGCUGGAAGUGACAGACAGUAAAUUGUGACCAGUAAAGUCAGUAAAAGUGGCUAUGGCAUACCUCCUUCCAGCCACAAAGAGAUGAGACUCUUCUCACUCAUCUACACAUUCAUAGAAACAUUAUUCAGACCUAAAUUAUCUACUACUGACAAAAGUCUGAAUGUCUGCUGUUUUAAUUAGUUCAUUAAAGAAAUAUCCUUAUUAAUUUUUCCUGCCUAAAUUUUUUACUAUGUUCUGAAAAGUUCUUGUUGCUGAAUGAACUUUGUUUUCCUUGAAAAUACAUACAUUUUGAUUCUCAGA